AUGUUUCAUUUAUCCAUCAAGUGGGAUUUGACACGAACCCAUUGCAAUCGACCUCCUACACAUCCAAGGGCCUACAAGUUCUGGAUUACACAUACAGAUAUUCUACCAUGGCUUGCCGGUCAAACUAUUUCCCACAUCACUUUCUUUACAAGCUGGGAAAGUGAAGGCUCAGGGAGUUCAAAGAGCAGAGCAAAGCCUGACGAGCCUCGUUAUAUUGGCUUUAAUAUCAAAACGGAAUGUGUGCGAAUUCGAACUCUCAGUUCACCGGAUAAAGUCUUUCCACGGCAACUAAACCUUGAUGGCCUUCUCGAUUUCUUUACAAAAGUUGCGAAUGAUAUAUUUGUUUGUGGUCGAGUAUACGGUGGGAGUCGCGUUGCGGUGGUUUCAACCGCGAGAUAUAACCCGACGCUCGAUGGUAAGCAGAAUAUCGACCGUGAGCACAACUGGCCAGCAUCACACUGUCAAGAAUAUGUUAAUUCAUAUGUUGAUGGUUCAAGACCCAUAAAGAGAACGAAAAAUUUCAAAUUCUGCACAGGGGAGUGGGCCUGA